CAAGAAACAUACGCACAAUCAACAAGAUGUCAACCCAAGAAGACCAGUUCCGUGCCCUCAAGUUCCCGUUCAAGGACCCCAAGUUCAUCUUCUUCACCGACUUCGAUGGAACCAUUACCUUGCAGGACAGCAAUGACUACAUGACAGACAACAUAGGCUUUGGCGGCGACCUCAGACGACAAGGCAACAGAGAUGUCUUGGAGGAGAAAGACACCUUCCGCGAAUCCUUCCGAAAGAUGCUCGACUCUGUGAAGAAACCUUUCCCAGAAUGCAUCGACUACUUGGUCGAAAACAUCAAGCUCGACCCAGGCUUCAAGGAGUACUUCGAGUGGUCUCUCGCUCAGGGCAUUCCCACUGUUGUGUUGUCCUCUGGCAUGGUACCCAUUAUCCGGGCAAUCUUGAAGAACUUGAUAGGACCAGAUCAUGAAAAGCUUGAAAUCAUCGCCAACGAAGUGGAGCCCCGGGAGGGCAAGAGCAUUGACCAGGAAGGUGGCUGGAAGAUCAAGUAUCACGAUGAGUCCGACUUUGGUCACGACAAGUCCCUCGCGAUUCGACCAUAUGCCAACCUCCCAGCAGGCCAGCGUCCCACGAUGUUCUAUGCUGGUGACGGAGUCUCGGACCUUUCAGCAGCUCGCGAGACAGAUCUGCUCUUUGCAAAGAAAGGACACGAUCUCAUCCUCUACUGCGCAAAGCAGGAUGUCCCCUUCACCGUCUUCGAAGACUGGUCGGACAUUCUCAAAGUGACGAAGCAGAUCGUCGCGGGAGAGAAGAGCGUCCACGAUGCUGCUCGUCAAGGCUUCGAGGACUUCAAGAAUGGCAAGGCUGGUGUGCAGUCGAACGGUGCUGCCAAGUAGAGCUGGCGCGUGAGAAAUGCAAAGACAUGGCCCAGCGAGGAAGCCGGUGUUGUUGCAAAGAACACCGAAGCAGUCAGUGCUGGCGCAGCGAAGUGGGGAUGGCGUAUUGGGGAGCGCAGAAGCCCCUGAACAGUACAGCUGGGUUAGGUAUGUGGGCAACUUAGAUGCUACAAUGCUACUAGAUAUAGAUGUGAUAGCCAGAGCUCAAUGCUCCUCAUCAGACAUAAUCUGCAAAUGAAGAGAGUCUAGAGAAGCCACUCCCCUCAUGAUGGUGGUGCCACACCGCCUUCAA